CGGAUCGAGCGCAUCAGUGUUCGUUCAUGGAGGCUUUUCUGUAGUUGGAGAAUCUAACAUGUUAGUAGCAACAAGCAGACUGUCGCAUUGUCCCUCCUGCUGAAGCGGCGGCGCGGUGUCUGCUCCUCCAGAAAGGUCUGGCGUUUCUGCGGCAACGACCAACUUUAGCUCCAGCAGCGAUUUAAUGAGACGGACACACGACGAGCGGGGGAGGAACGGGUCUCAGGGCCGUGAAUGCUAACAACUCUGCCGCCGAUCAAGGUGUUCCUCCCGUUAACGCAAGUAAAUGGGAUAUUCGGUUCCCUGUGCAGGAUGUAAACUAUCGUUUGGAGGAUGGGAAAAAAAGGGUUUUCUGCGGCGGCAUUUCUGGUGCUGGGCUAUCUCACGGUCUCAUCCGUUUACGCUGACUUCCUGUCAGCUCCUCUCAAUGUGACAAUCAGAGAGCUGGAGGUCAACUCAGCCGUGGUCACCUGGGAGACCCUGGAAGGAGACCCUGUCAUCGGAUUCGCCAUCACACAGCAGAAGAAGGAUGUGCGGAUGUUGCGCUUCAUCCAGGAGGUGAACACGUCCACGCGCGCCUGUGCUCUGUGGGACCUGCAGGAGGACACAGAGUACAUUGUCCAGGUGAGGAGCAUCAGCCUGCAGGGGAGCAGCCCCCCUAGCCAGCCCCUCCUCUUCAGGACGCCUCGGGAGGCCGAGAAGCUGGCCUCCAAGAGCCCAGAUGAGGUCACCAUGGAGGAGGUGGACCAGGCACUCAGAGCUGGAGAGCUCCUCAUUAUCUUGGUGGUGCUGAUCAUGUGGGCAGGAGUGAUCGUGCUGUUCUGUCGCCAGUAUGACAUCAUCAAAGAUAACGAGCCCAACAACAACAAGGACAAGGCCAAGACCUCAUCUGAGUGCAGUACUCCAGAGCACCCACAGGGGGGGCUGCUGCGCAGCAACGUCUAGCCUUCACAGGCCCCGCCCUCAAGCCCUGCCCCAGGCCCCGCCCAAGACCCUCCCUGUUGGUCAUGGAUAUCCCAGGGUGCACUUGGGGGGAGGUAGUGUUCAGCCCUCAGCUUGCCUCUCAGUCCUUC